AUGACUAUUACCACGGAGAAGUUUGACUUUGUCAUUGUUGGAGGAGGAACUGCUGGCCUUGUUGUUGCUUCUCGUCUAUCGGAAGAUCCCAAAAUUCAAGUAUGUAUACUCGAAGCCGGGCAGUCGCGACUUGGGGAUGCAAAUGUGGAAAUGCCGACCGGGGUUGGAAAGAUGUUGAACAAUCCAGAAUAUGACUGGGCUUUCCAAAGCCUGCCACAGAAAGCCGCAGGCAAUAACGUCUUCCAUCUUCCAAGAGGGAAGAUGCUCGGUGGCAGCAGCGGAAUUAACUUUAUGACAUAUACGCGUCCAUGUGCUCAAGACCUUGAUGACUGGGCGAUAGAGCUAGAACUUGAUGGCUGGUCAUUUUCAGAGUUAUUGCCUUACUUCCAGCGUCAUCAGUACCUGGAAAAGAACGAGAAGAACAUUGUGGAGCGCGACGCCACUAUCUCCCCACUAGACAUGAGUCUCCACGGAACCAGCGGGCCGAUUCACACGUCUCUUCCAACCUGGCAUGUUCCCUUUGAGAAGCCUCUUCUUGGUGCACUGGAUCAAGAGUCUGGCCUCGCGCGACCAGACGAGCCAAACAACGGCGAACAUUUGGGGUUCUUCCAAUCUUUUCUCUCCAUCGACAGGACGGCAAAACCGGUUCGAAGUUAUGCGGCAAACGGGUACCUGACCAGUGUAAUGGAAAGGCCAAACCUACGAAUCAUCCCUGAAGCAACCGUCACUCGUGUGAUUCUCGAACAGAAUACGACUGGCGGCCUUACGGCCAAGGGAGUCGAGUUGAUACAUGACGGAGUCGCGCAAAAGGUAUUUGCCGAAAGAGAGGUCGUUCUCAGUGCAGGAUCCUUCAAGAGCCCUCAACUUCUCGAAUUAUCUGGAAUUGGGCACCCCAAUGUGCUCGAAAAAGCUCACAUCCCAUGCGUGCUCGCCAACCCGCAUGUGGGAAACAAUCUCCAGGAGAAGACGAUGUCUGCCGUGGUGUACGAGCUGGGGCAUGGAGAAAUUUCCGUUGACUCCGUAUUUCUCAAUCCAAAUUUUGCGAAGGAACAAUUUCGACUUUAUCGGGAGGAGCAUACUGGUGCCUUGUCUGGGGCAGCCAGUCUUAUGGGGUUUGUACCAUUCGCCUCCCAGGUCAACGAGACCGAGCUCAAUAAGGUGUUGUCCAUGAUUACCACGGAAACCGCUUUGCCUGCUCAAGACACCGAAUUCCAGGACAAGCAGAACAAGGCAAUCGCCGCCCGUGUGCACUCGCCCUUGUCAGCUAACAUACAGUUAGUGGGCUCACCCGCAAAUUUCAACAUCACAGCGGGCUUUGAAAACUGUGCCAAGCUGGUUUCUGGACCUCCCGGAGAUACACCAUGCUAUGCUCUCAUUGUCAGCAAUAUGUACCCUCUAUCCCGUGGCAGUGUUCAUGUGCGCUCUUCAGAUCCGUUGGAGGUGCCUGAUAUAGAUCCUGGCUUCCAUUCUCACCCGGCGGAUGCACAUGUUCUGGCGGCUGGCAUUCGUUUUGCCGAUCGUGUGUUCAAGUCAUCGCUGCUCAAAGGGAAAGUAGGCAAGCGAGUGGAUCCACCGCCGCAGGUUGAUCUCGAGGAUGAAGACGAGGCACAACAGUUCGCUCGUAAUCGAAUUGUGAGUUAUCACCACGCACUAGGGACAUGUGCUAUGGGCCAAGUCGUGGACGAGCGACUCCGAGUGAAAGGCGUUGAAGGGCUGCGAAUUGUCGAUGCCAGCGUGCUACCGAUGCAAGUGAGUGCUGCAAUCAUGCCCACGGUUUACGCCGCCGCAGAGAAAGGAGCAGACAUGAUCAAGCAAGAUCUUUCACUCAAGACGAACUUGCAUGCAUAA